ACUUGCCUAGUUGCCUAAGUUCCCUUCAUCAUAUCAUAUCAUCACAUCAUAUAUAAUACAAUUUCUCUCACAAUCACUUUAUAGCCUUAACAACACCUCUUGCUCUUUGAUAGAUAAUAUAAAAACACCUCUUCUUGGGUCUAUCAAAUCUCUCUGAAUUUACUGCUCUAGCAUAUAUCACUUUGGUAUUGCUUCAUUUCCACUUCUUUUUGUUCCUUCUGCUUUUGCAGAACAUAUUCUCUCCAAUUGUUAUGUGUAAUCCCAACAUCAUCCUUAAUUUAUCUCAUUUUUUUGUUUCUCUUCAUAUUCAUAGAGACAUUCUCUUAUCUUCUUCACACAUGUCUCAUGACAAGUCAUUGUGAAAUUUCAUCUAUUUUUUUAUACAAUACUCUUAUUACAUUGUGACGUAUCAAAUUUUUCUUGCAACAAUUGAGACCCAAAACAAAAGAUACUAACUUUCUUAUAUAUUCAGUUUGAGAGAGAAAAAGGGUCAAAGGAAAGUAGUUUAGUUAUUUAAGCAAAGCCUUGUAGAGAAUUCUGAGAAUUGAAGGGGGUGCAAAAAGAAGAAAAAAAUGUCUAAAAAGGGUUUGAAAUCAAUGAAGGAUGAAAAUCAAGAUUUGCAGAAACAAAUUGGAUGUAUCAGUGGAUUUUUUCAGAUGUUUGACCGUCACAGAUUCCUCACAGGCCAAACCGACAGUCACAAAAACAUACCAAAUCAAGGGGGGACAAGUAAUAAUAUCAAAGAGGUGAAUAAUGCAACACAAAAGACAAAGAAUGUGAAGGUUGCAAGAGAGAAUCAACAAUCCUCGACAGAAUCGUCAUCAGGAACGUCGAUGUUUUCGUCGUCUUGUUCGUCAAGCAUGUCGUCGCUCGAGUUUAAUCGAACAAUACAGAUAGAACCACCACCGUCGAUAACUCAAAUGAAAAUCCACGAAAACUCGAGUUCAGAAGCAGCGGUGAAGCAACGCGAUAAGUCACUUGAUUUCCAUGAGAUUGUCAAAGACUCGAUGCUUAUAGAUUCACAAAGAUUAUCAGUGAAAACUAUGGCUAAACAGGAAAAGAAGAGUCGAGUACUGAAAAACGUCGACUCUCCGCGGCCUAUGACUGCUUGGGAUUCACCGAGACUCUCCUAUGAUGGGAGAGAUUUACAAAGUGCAUUAAAAUCUGCGACGAAGUUUAAGGAGCUUCCUAGGCUUUCCUUGGACAGCAAGGAAAGAUCAAUCAAGAGUUUCAACGAAGGAACGAAAACUCGAAACCUUUUGAAGGGUCCACAGAAAGCGUGUGGAGGCUCCAAUGCAAUCGGAAAGCAGAUAGAAGAACCAGAAAGUGCGAAAAGACCAUCUAGCGUUGUGGCGAAGUUGAUGGGAAUAGAAGCAUUCCCUGAUUGGAGUGAGACUUGUGACAGCUGCAACACUGACAAAAGCGAGACGUUUAUAGGAUCUAGGAAGGAUGGCUCGAUCACGAAUGUAACACCGUAUUUACAAUUUUCAAAGAGUAGCGAAUCUUCGACAAAAGCAUCAAACCGAUCCCUCUCGGUUUACGGUGAAAUUGAGAAAAGGAUGGCGGAUCUAGAGUUCAAAAAGUCCGGAAAGGAUCUUAGAGCCCUUAAACAGAUUCUUGAAGCAAUGCACAGAUACAAAGAAUCAAUAGAUAUUACAAGUGAUCAGGCUUCAAAUUCUCCAUAUGACAAUAGGAGUAAUAGUAGUGUCAGUGAAAGCUUGAGUGUACAAAGCCCGAGAACACGGCAGAAGAACCCGACAUCGAUCGCUGUUGAGAGGCUGAAUUCAACUCAGGGUAGUAAAUCACCAAUUGUCAUCAUGAAACCAGGAAAGGUUGCAAGAAAAACCAAUAGUUCUUCGUCAACAGAAAGUUCAAUUCCCGGUAAAUCAUCAAGUAACAAGGUUUACCGCGGUGAUGUUACGAAUGUCAAAGAUACUCGCGAUAAAUGCAACAAGAUAACUUCAAAAUUGAUCCAAUCCUCGAAAGUUCCUCGAGUCGUCAUUGCAGAAAACAACACCAGCUCCAGCAUGAUGGCGGAGACCAGGAGCCCGAGACUACAAAAAAAGUUUGGUUUGGAGAGGCGUUCCCCGCCAACCAGCCCAUCAUCAGAUAUCAGCGGUAACAGAAGACAACAAAAUAAGCAAUCGACGGAAUUGUCUUCCCCGAGUAAAACAUCUAGACAAAAAUUCUCUACUUCGAAGGAAAGAAAUGAAAGCUUCAGUGAGAUCGGCUAUCAAAGGAGGGAUUUUAAGCAAGUUGAAGCUGUUUCUAGCGGUGAUAUAAAAGAUUCGAGCAACGAAAACUUUACGGCUGAAUCAAAAGCUACCGCAGAACAACCUAGUCCCGUGUCUGUUCUUGAUGCUUUCUAUCGAGAAGAUCCACCUUCUCCGGUUAAAAGAAAAUCAGACAUCUCAAAAGAUUUAGAGGAAGUUCUGAACAAUUGUGGUAUUUGUGAGGAGGACUCAGAAGAUGUAGCUCUUUCAACCAACACGAACGCGAAAGUCAACUUCAGCGAUGGAACCAACGUUAUUGACUUGAUAACUCAUAAUUUGGUUCAAGUUCUUCAACAAUUUGACCACAGCGACGAUGAAAGAUUCACGAAUUUCAGCGACCACAAAGAUCCCGACCACAAAUAUAUAGCAGAAAUACUACUAGCAUCGGGAAGGCUCACCAGUCCCGACUCUAGCAAGGCAUUGCAUUUGUCGGGUUACCCAAUUAACCCAACAUUGUUUCUUGCACUAGAGAAAAUCAAAACAAACACGACGAAUUUCAACGUUGCUCCGACAAACAACACUCAAGAGAAGAUGCAAAGAAAGCUCGUAUUCGACGUGGUUAACGAAAUUCUAUUUCAAAAGCUAAUAACCGAAAGUUCUUACAAGCCAUAUCAUCCAGAAGGAAGAAAACCAGAAGGACAACAGCUUCUGGACAUGCUUUGCGCAGAAAUCAAUAAAUUACAGUAUAAUAAUAAGAACAUCGGCUUUGCUAACGAGGACGAGUAUUUGACGAGUAUCGUGGCGGAAGAUUCGGUGCAGCAUUGCACAACUACAGAAUGCUGCAAUGAGAUACCAAAUCUUGUGUUGGAUAUUGAAAGACUGAUCUUCAAAGAUUUGAUAACUGAAGUUGUAAGAAGUGAAAAACUAACAACUCUGGUGAGUAUUGCAUGAAACUGCAGUUACCAAGUAUAGGAAUUCGAGCUAAGCAAGGUUUAAUCUGAGAACUUCAUUUUCUAUGUGAACUUAAUAAUAGUAUGAAGGGGUAAUAAUAAUUAAUAAGCUAAUUAAUUAACAUUAUAAAGUUGAUUUGUUUUAUAAAGUCUUGAUGUUUUUGUCUAGUUUUGCAUGUACUUGGUUGGAGUAUAUGUUGAUGAAAUACAUGUAGAGAUGCAGACAAAUGUAUAUAUCAGUGACAAUCUUUUUAAGUACAAUAACAAA